UUUAUUAUUUACCCAAAAAAAUCAAUCAAUAAAUUUAAUCAAUAUCAAUAUUAAAAUUUGGGUGUAUUUCUAAAGGUGAAAUGAAGAUCAUUAUUGCCCUGCUAGCUUUUGGCCUUGUCUGCCAAGCCAUUCCUCAGGAAGAAGCUCUCAAACAAUGGCAGAAUUUUCAGGAAAAGUUUGGUAAAUCCUACAGAUCUCCAGUAGAACAUCGUUACCGUUUCGGUUUGUUCAAGCAGAAACUUCAGGAAAUCGAAGAACACAACAAAUUGUAUGAACAAAAAAAAGUGAGUUGGUACAAGGGUGUCACACCUUUUUCUGAUUGGACUAGUGAGGAAUUUACCAGCUACAUUAAUAAAUACGAAUAUCAAGAGUAUGACGGAGUCCAACAAACUUUCAAGAGUGAAAACCUCACCGAACCACCUCCUAGUGUAGAUUGGAGAGAUUAUGGAGCUGUUAGCGAAGUAAAGAACCAAGGCCUCUGUGGAUCAUGUUGGUCCUUCAGCACAGCUGGAGCAUUGGAAGGUGCGGCCAAGCUGUUCAAAGGUAUGACUGUAUCUUUGAGUGAACAGAAUCUGGUGGACUGCGUAACCAAAGAUUAUCAUUGCAACGGUUGCAAUGGUGGCAUUCUUGUUGGAGCUUACCAAUAUGUGCGAUAUCAUGGAAUUACCACUGAGGAAAACUACCCCUAUACUGGAGUAGAAGGUGUUUGCAAAGGUACUAACCCUGUACUUUUUGCUACUGGCUUCGUUAGGGUAGAAACAGAAGCUGAUCUCCUAAAAGCUGUAGGUUCCAUUGGACCUGUUUCUGUUUCCAUAACUGCUACGCAAAACUUGCAGGAUUACAGUGGUGGUGUCUUAGAGGAUAAUUUAUGCCAUGGUAUGAUACCUAACCAUGGGGUUCUGGUUAUUGGUUACGGUUCAGAGAACGGUAAAGAUUUCUGGAUAAUUAAGAAUUCUUGGGGUCCAAACUGGGGAGAAGGAGGAUACUGGAAAAUGAUUCGUGGAAAGAACUCUUGCAGUGUUGGAUACUUUGGAAGCUACCCACUCAAAAUGAAAUUCGCACUGUGCUUUUUAGCUGUAAUUAUUGGCUGUCAAGCCAUUUCUGAUGGGGAAGCACUCAGUAAAUGGCAGAACUAUCAGGAAGAAUUCGGCAAAUCCUAUAGGUCUUUGGUUGAACACCGUCAUCGUUUCGCUUUAUUCAAACAGAAACUUCAGGAAAUCGAAGAACACAACAAACUGUAUGCUGAAGGGAAAGUAACUUGGUACAAAGGUGUUACACCUUUCUCUGACUGGACCAGUGAAGAAUUCAACAACUACAUUAACAAAUACAAAUAUGAAGAAUUUGUUGGAGAAGAACAGAUCUUCAAAAGUGAAAAUCUAAGUGCUCCACUUAGUAUGGACUGGAGGCAAAGAGGAGCUGUCAGCGAAGUUAAAAAUCAAGGAACAUGUGGAUCUUGCUGGACCUUCAGUUCUACUGGAGCUCUGGAAGGAGCAGCUAGAAUGAAGACAGGCGCAGUAUUGUCCUUGAGUGAGCAAAAUUUGUUGGACUGUUCUAGAGAAUCAUACAAUAAUUUCGGCUGCAGUGGUGGUAAUGUUAUUGGAGCUUUCCAAUAUGUCCAAGAGAACGGAAUUACCACAGAAGACAACUACCCCUAUACUGGAGUUCAAGGGCCUUGUAAAGCAUCGUCACCAGUAAUGAAGGCCACUGGAUUCGUGAGGGUACCUCAAAAUGAAAAUGACCUCCUCAACGCAGUUGGAAGUAUUGGACCAGUAUCAAUCGCCAUAGUUUCUACUCAAAACUUGCAAGAUUACAGUGGAGGCAUCAUGAACGAUUCGACAUGUGCUGGUCAAAAUAUCAACCACGGUGUAUUAGCUGUUGGUUAUGGCUCAGCAAACGGCGUAGAUUACUGGAUUAUAAAGAAUUCUUGGGGUCCAAAAUGGGGAGAACAAGGUUAUUGGAGAAUGAUCCGUGGAGUUAAUUCAUGCGGUAUUACUCUUCAAGCAAGAUACCCUCUAGUUUUAUGAUGACUAAUUGUUUAAUUUUUGAGAAUAAAUUAUUUUUUGUA